GAGAAGGAAGCAGCGAGAAAAAUGGCCACGCGGCCACUCGCCUCCACUCUCCGCCUCCAAACCCCCUCCCCCUCCUCCUCCGCCGCCGUGCCUCCUCCUCAUCUCCGCCGCCUCCAAACCCUAACCCGCGCGCUCGCCUCCUCCGCGUCCGCGUCUCCUCAGGCCGCUAUGGCGCCGCCGCCUGCCAAGAAGGUGCUGGUGCCCAUCGCGAACGGGACGGAGCCCAUGGAGGCCGUCAUCACCAUCGACGUGCUCCGCCGCGCCGGGGCCGACGUCGCCGUCGCCUCCGUCGAGCCGGGCUCUACGCAGGUCGCCGCUGCCUGGGGCGUCAAGCUGGCCGCCGACGCGCUCCUCGCCGACCUCGCCGAUGCCGAGUUCGACCUCAUCUCUCUCCCCGGAGGUAUGCCAGGGUCUUCCAAUCUUAGAGACUGCAAACUUUUGGAGAAUAUGGUUAAAAAGCACGCAGGAAAGGGCAAGCUUUAUGCUGCAAUAUGUGCUGCACCAGCUGUUGCUCUAGGAUCAUGGGGUUUGCUCAACGGAUUGAAGGCAACUUGUUAUCCUUCAUUUAUGGAUAAACUUCCUUCAGAGGUGAAUGCUGUAGAAUCAAGGGUGCAGAUUGAUGGGAACUGUGUGACCAGUCGUGGACCAGGAACAGCCAUGGAGUAUUCUGUUGUUUUGGUGGAACAAUUAUAUGGCAAAGAAAAAGCUGAUGAAGUUGCUGGCCCAAUGGUUAUGCGCCCUCAGCAUGGUGUGGAGUUCUCGAUGAAAGAGUUGAAUUCAACUAGUUGGAAUGUUGGUGAAGCACCUCAGAUUCUUGUACCAAUUGCUAAUGGGACAGAGGAGAUGGAAGCAACCAUGAUAAUUGACAUACUCCGAAGGGCAAAAACAAAUGUUGUUGUCGUGUCCUUGGAGGAAACUUUGGAGAUUGUUGCUUCCAGGAAAGUGAAGAUGGUUGCUGAUGUUCUGUUCGAUGAUGCUCUUAAGCGGCAAUAUGAUCUCGUCUUGCUACCAGGUGGUCUUGGUGGUGCCCAAGCAUAUGCAAAGUCAGACAAACUGAUUGAUUUGAUCAAGAAGCAAGCUGAGGCAAACAAACUAUAUGGAGCUAUAUGUGCCUCCCCAGCAAUCGCCCUUGAACCACAUGGCCUGCUGAAGGGAAAGAAGGCUACAUCCUUUCCUGCUAUGUGGAACAAGUUCUCAGACCAAAGUGAAUGCAGGAACAGAGUUGUUGUUGAUGGCAAUCUAAUCACCAGCCAAGGUCCAGGCACAUCCAUGGAGUUCUCACUCGCCAUAGUGGAGAAGCUCUUUGGUCGGGAGAAGGCCCUUGAGCUCGCCAAAACCAUGGUCUUCAUGUGAGUUCCGUUGCCACGUCAAGUCAGGCUGUGUUUGGUACUGUUUGUGAAUAUAUGAGGCAUGCUUUGCUUGUAGCUGGUGUGGAAUGUACUUCAUAAUCUUUUUUUUUGCCACAAUAACGCACCAUCUUGUUAUGGGUACAAAUGCAAUAAAAAUAGAUGGGGUGCUAUGCUAAUAUGAUGAUAGUACUAUGCUAUAUGAUAUAUA